AUGUCGGAACCAACCAAGGCACAAAUUAGCGAAAUAUUCAAAAAAUUAACCUCAGUUAGGGCGAAUAAAGUGUGCUUCGAUUGUCAAGCUAAAAAUCCUAGCUGGUCAAGUGUUAGUUUUGGAAUAUAUCUUUGUUUAGAUUGUUCUUCGGUACAUAGAAAUCUUGGAGUUCACAUCAGUUUUGUGAGAUCGAUUUCACUAGAUUCAUGGACAUGGGAUCAAUUACGAGUUAUGAAAGUUGGGGGGAAUCAAGCAUUUAAAGAAUAUGUAAUUCAUACCGCAAAACGACCUGAAUUAUUGAAUAAGGAUGCAAAAUCAAAAUACGAUUCCGAUGUUGCAAAAAAAUACAAGAAAGUCAUUGGAGAACGAGCCAAAGAAGAUGCAACGAAAAAUCCUGUUUUCAUCAUUGAACAUCAAGAAUGGGAACAGGCAAUUAAGAAAGAGGAUGACUUUUUUGAUUCUUUUUCUCAAGAAAUUGAUAAAAAGCCAUUAUCAGAAAUCAAUAACUCUAACCCUGAAAUAACUAGUGUUAAAACAAAAACUUCAAAUGGACCUAUUAUAGUGAAAUCAAAAGCAACUACGAGAUCAAAUAUUUCAGCACGUGGGAAAGGAUCCAAAAAAUCAAAGAUGGGUUUGGGUGCAGUAAAACUUCAAAAAGUUGAUAUUGAAGAAGCUGAACAAAAAGCCAAAGAAGAGGAGGAAUUAAUUAAGUCAUUGGCAAGAAGUGAAGAAGAAAUUGAUACUGGGUCACAACGUAAAUCAGAAGAUCAACGGUCUUUUAGUUCUCGAUUAAUGUAUAACGAUGAUAUACAAUCCACAUCAGGAAGUGGUUUAGACACUGAUGACAAAAAGAAGAGUGAUGACAUUGAGAGACUUGGUAUGGGUUUCUCAAGGUUAGGAUUUGGAACUACCCCAAGUAUUUCAAAACCAUCAUCCACAAAAUCCGAAGAAUCUACUAAUUCACGCUAUGUUGGAUUCGGUUCUACUAAUACAAAUAAUUCAAGCCAACAAGUUCAAAAUGAUAAUGAUUAUGCGCGGCAAAAAUUUGGAAAUCAAAAAGCUAUUUCUUCAGAUCAAUUCUUUGGUCGCAAUGAUUAUGACCCAGAUACUUUAUCAGCUGCUUCGGAUCGGUUAAGACAAUUUGAGGGAGCUAAUUCUAUAUCUUCUAGUCAAUAUUUCGGUAGAGAUGAUGAUGAUAUUCAAAAAGAGAGUCUCGAUUUAACUGGAAUUGAAAUAAACGCGAAAGAUUUUGCGCGUAAAUUUAUUGGUCAAGCCAGUUCUGAUUAUGAGAGUAUUAAAAAUGUUGUUGAAAGAGGUAGCGAAAAAUUAAGAGAUUAUCUAUCCGACAUGCAGAAUCGCGUGAACUACUGA